AUGGCACACACUCAUUCUACCAACACUGCGCAACUACGUCAAUACUUCGAACAUCCUCGAUGUCAACAGUUUCAACGACAGAAUGGUAUCACCAGACGUCGUACAGACGGAAGUCCUGCUGCUAUUUCUGGUGAAUAUACAGGCGAUGAUAAUGCAGCUGUCUCAGAUAAUUUUGACAAGGAAGCCCCAGAAAAAUCCCUUUCACCAUUAUUAUUAUUGGGAUUAAUGUAUACCUAUACUAUUUCUGGGGCCUAUGCCAUUGAAGAAAGUGUCAUGGGUGGUGGUCCAUUAUUGGCACUCGCCUCCAUCGUUUUCAUUCCAAUAUUUAUGGCAGCACCGACUGCUGUUGUGGUUACGGAACUGGCUGCAGCCAUUCCUUCUAAUGCUUCUGUGUUAAUUUGGACUCAAGUUUCCUUUUCUCGUGUGAUUUAUUUCGCAAGUGUACUUCAAACACUUUUGCUCACUUUUGUUGAUAAUGCACUAUUUCCAGUGCUUGUCUCUGAAUACGUUUGUACUUCCGUUGAGUGUACAACUUGGCAGAACAAAAUGCUUCGAACUGCUAUGCUUCUUUUUACAUAUAUUUUAAAUAUUAUUGGAGUUAAAACAGUUGGAUGGGUAAGUGUUGCUGUUUCUGUUGCUACAGUUGUCCCAGUUUCUCUGUUAUUUGUUCUGCAUUUAUUUCAGACUGGUUUCUAUUUAAAUUGGCCAGCUAUAAGUUUUAUUCCUGAUGAAAUUGAUUGGCCAACUUUCAUUGCUACAGCAUCUUGGAAUCUAUGCGGUCUCGAACAAGUUGCUACUGUGACAGAAGAAACCAAAACACCUCAUAAAACUAUUAUGCGUGCACUUAUACCACUUAUGGGAUUGGCAUUUCUUACUUAUAUUCCACCUAUUUUAACAGGAGCAAGUACGAGAAAGGGAUUACCUGAUAUUUCUGAAUGGACAACCGGAUACUGGGCAGAAGUUGCCCUGACAGUUGGAGGAAUCCCUCUUCAAGUUCUUGUUGUUGUUGCAAGUGCUUUUUCUGCUUUUGGUCUUACCAUGUCCGCUUUAUGUACAACCACUCAAGUUAUUGCAGGUACCGCACUCACUGGAGUUUUCCCAGAACCAAUAGGUCGAAUACUAUAUCAGCGUAAUAAACGCUUUGGUACAUAUCACUGGACAUUAACUAUCAAUGCGUUGAUUACAGGAAUCUUUGGAAUUGUAUUGGAUUUUGGACCUCUUGUUAAAGUUGAUCAAGUCUUAUAUGGUGUGCGAAUUGUAAUGCUUUACAUGUCUUUUGUGAUCAUUCGAUAUCGCUAUCCACACUUGGAUCGGCCUUACAGAGUCCCACUGGAGGGAUAUCAACUUUUAAUCUUUAUUAUUCCAGGAUUAUUAUUUACGGCGUUGACUGUGGUGGCAAUGAUGGAAGAUACGCAAACAAUCAUUGUUAAUGUUUCCGUUUUGGUGGGAUCUUUUGUGAUAUCAGGAAUUUACUGCACUUUUAUUCACAAGGAAGAGUUUCAUGGAGGAAUCGUGACAGAGCCACUUCAUCAGGUAACAGCAGAAGACGACGACGAAGAAGAAAAGUAA